CCCACCCCCCACGACAGCAUACCUCGAUAGACUUCAAGAUGUCGUAACGCCUUUGAAGAUAGUCGAGUCUCUCCUCGAGUGGCAGCUUCACCACCUUGUCAACGUGAACCUCGACUGCAAUCUGUCCAGUGACGCAGGAGACACUCGGGUUAACAUUGUGAAGUAAACGUGAGCAUAUGGUGUUAUCGCAAAACGUCCUUUAAAGCUUACUUACUCCGAGACCAUGUUCAGCUCGAGAACAUUAAAGAGACUGUCGGCAAAUGCUAGAAAAACGACUGUAACGGUCAUUGUGGUUCUGUGUCUUACAGUAAACGUGUUGUUUCGAACUCAAAAUGACAACGAACGACCGAUUUUAGUCUCCGAUAAAUCAUACUGGGAUGCCUUGCACCAGGUGGCAGUCGACCUUUUGCCCUACAACGUGAAUCCUGUAACUGAAGAGGUCCUACACCAGGAGUCUCCCGAAUGGUGGAGUCUUGUAGGUGGAAGACCCAUCCGAAGGACGAAGACCCUACGCGAGAGGAGAGGAGAAGCGUUUGGAACUCCUCUGUUAAUACAAGAGGCUCUUUUCCAGUCAGAAGUCCAUUACCUACGAAGACCUCCUCCCGAAGAAAUGGUCCACCGAGGUUCUCCCCAGAGUUCGUGGGCGCCCUUCGCUCGACCGCCUCGACGCUCCACGCGAUUACUUCAGGUACCUCCACACGCCUCAGUCCUGGUGCCGGAAGUUGGUCAUGUUCGGGGGAAUGAUCGAUUGCAACGCAUCGAUGCCUGAGGACGGCAAUAAGAUAAUAUGUCUCGACCCGCCACUCGAGCUGCCGGGGGGGAGCCGCGACCCGAGCUCCUGCCUCGUGUUUUCCUUUGGGAUCAACAGAGACACCUCUUUCGACGACGAAGUGUCUCGGCUGCCCUGCGAGGUCCACAUGUUCGACAUCAAGCCCGUGUAUCCCGUUUACCUCAUGGGCCUCGCUCGGCAUGUGCACUUCCAUAAGACGGGCUUGGCAGACCACCAUUUUAUAUCGUAUGUACAAGACGUGAAUAAAACCGUGGAAUUCAACGACGUAGGAGGUUUUCUACGUGAAAAUGAACUAACUGGAAGACCUCUGCACGCUCUGAAGAUUGACAUCGAAGAGUCAGAAUGGGACGCCCUGAAACAGCUGGUGAAGGAACCGAUUUUGGACAUCGUUGGACAGAUUGUAAUGGAAGUUCACACGAUAAAAGUGCUUGAACUUCCGCCCUCUGAACAGCUGAACUUCCUUCAAGAUCGGUACCACAUCUUGAGAGAAAUCGAGAAACGAGGUUUCCGCGCGGUUUCCUACUGGGACAACCGCCAACCAAAACUCGUCUACAAGGACCCAGAUGGCAGCACUUUCGACACGUGUGGGGAGAUCCUAUACGUCAAUACAAACUGGUACAAGGAUUCCUUCAAGAAGAAGCUAAAAGACAUUGGAUUCCAGUUUCGUGGAGUGUGAUCACCGAGUGUCCGAUAGGUGGCUGUGUAGUCUUGAACAGGAGAGAUGUGUUUUCUCAUUUACA